AUGGUGUCCAAAUUAGAACUGAAGCACACCUAUCCAUGUUCUGUUAAGCAAGUUGUGCAUUACACUAAGUACAGGAAACUGACCAUGCCUGCGAAGUGUGUGAUUCAGAACAACGAUGAGGCUGGCAUACGGCCCAACAAGACUUAUCUCGCACUAGCGAAUGAGGUUGUUGGCUCGUCAAAUUUGGGUUACUCAGAAAAGGACGUGAGGAACUACAUUACGAGCAAUCUGCGUUGUGCUGACGAAAACGCAUAUGUGAAGGAAAUGAUUAGCUAUUUCAUGCGAAUGAAAGAUAUCAACCUGAAUUUCUUUUAUGCAGUUGAUGUAGAUAAAACUGACAAGUUUAAAAGUGUGAUCUGGGUAGAUGCAAGAUGUAGGGCGUCUUAUGAAUAUUAUGGUGAUGUAGUAUCGUUUGAUACAACGUACAGUAGAAACAAACACGGACUUCCAUUUGCAUUUUUUGUUUGUGUCAACCAUUACGGCAAGUCCACUCUGCUCAGAUGUGCUUUGCUGGGAAAUGAGAAAAUUCGUAACUUUGAGUAG